AUGAUGUUUGAUUUAUUGUUGAAGCCAAAGUUCUAUUCAAAAUGUAAAUCGGCAUUGAGGAUUAAUAAGGUGAGGCUUGAGACUAUAAAGAAGAAGAGAAAUGCGGUGGAGAACUUUUUGAAGAAAGACAUUGCUGAUCUUCUGAAGAACGAUCUUGAUUACAAUGCUUAUGGAAGGGCUGAAGGUCUCAUGAUUGAGCAAAACCGAACCGCCUGUUACAAAUUCAUAGAGCAGUUUUCUCAGUGCAUCUCAAAGCACGUCUCUCUUAUGCAAAAACAGAGUGAGUUCCCCGAGGAAUGCAGAGAAGCGGUAGCAUCUCUCAUAUAUGCCGCAGCCCGAUUUGCCGGAACUACGCACCCUUAG